CCAAUGACUUUCACUUGUCAUUUAACACCACGGCUGUCGUCCGGCGCCUCCGCGGCUCCUUCCAUAAACCCGUAAAACCCCUUAGCCGUAGAAUGACCAUAAGGCUGUUCAGAUAUGCUCUUCCGCGCUCAGUUCCCUCUCGUUUUGUUGGUCAUCCUUUCAAAUUCUCUUCAAGAUUCAUAUGCUCCGAGAAUAACCUUGUUACAUUGGUAGACCCAGAACUGAGAUUCCCAGAAAAUGAAUCUUUUCAACAAGAAAAGAAGAUGGGUGGUUCAUUUUCCGUCCAAGAAUUGGAUUCAAUCUUGGGUGCUGAAGUUAUCUCCAAAGAUGAGAUUGGUAAGUUUUCAGAUGAUGCUUUCUUGGUUAUAAAUGCAAUAAGGAAGGGUAAUGAUGGGUUUGGAGAGAGAACUGAGAGAGUUGUUAGGCAUUUUAGGGAAAAGCUCAACCCUGGUUUAGUGGUUGAUGUGUUAAGAAAUAUACAGAACCCUGAAUUGGGUGUUAAGUUUUUUAUGUGGGCUGGUAGACAAAUUGGCUAUGUGCAUAAUGCAUCAGUUUAUGAUGCUUUGUUGGAUGUAAUAGGGUGUGAUGUCCCAUUACAUUUUGUUCAAGAUAUAGGAAAAGAUGAUAGGGAAGUGCUUGGCAAGUUGCUUAAUGUGUUGAUAAGCAAGUGUUGCAGGAACGGUUUGUGGGAUUUAGCAUUGCAGGAGCUGGAAAGGCUCAAGAAUUUUGGUUACAAGCCCUCGGCAGCCACUUAUAAUGCACUGAUUCAGGUGUUUCUGCAAGUAAAUAGAUUGGAGACUGCAUCUUUGAUAUACAAGGAGAUGUCAGCACUUAAUUUUAAGAUGGACAAGCAUACAUUAAAUAGCUUUACGCGAUCAUUGUGCAAAGUGGGUAAAUGGAGAGAAGGCCUUGAUUUAAUUGACAAGGAAGAGUUUGUGCCUGAUACAGUGAUUUAUACUAAUAUGAUUUCAGGAUUAUGUGAAGGUUCCCUCUUUGAAGAAGCAAUGAAUUUUCUCAAUAUAAUGCGGACUAGUUCGUGUAUCCCUAAUCGUGUAACAUAUGAAGUUUUGCUUUGUGCACUUUUAAACAGGAGAAAACUUGGUCGCGUCAAGAGGGUUCUUAAUCUUAUGAUCUCUGAAGGUUGUUAUCCCGGUCAGAAAAUAUUUAAUUCUCUUGUACAUACAUACUGUAGAUCAGGAGAUUACUGGUAUGCCUACAAAUUGCUCAAAAAAAUGGAUGGCUGUGGCUGUAAGCCUGGAUACGUAGUUUACAACAUAUUGAUUGGUGGUAUUUGUGGCAAUGAGGAGUUACCAAGCAAGGAUGUUCUAGAAUUGGCUGAAGAUGUGUAUAAUGAAAUGCUAAAUGCAAGACAAGUACUGAAUAAAGUCAAUGUGGUCAAUUUUGCACGAUGCCUUUGUGGAUUUGGAAAAUAUGAGAAUGCUUUUAGUGUUAUUAAAGAAAUGAUGAGCAAAGGUUUUGUACCUGAUGUCAGUACAUACUCGAAAGUGAUUGGUUUUCUUUGUAAUGCCUCCAAAGUAGGCAAUGCAUUCCUGUUGUUCCAAGAAAUGACGAGGAAUGGAAUUGUUCCAGAUGUUUAUACUUACACAAUUUUGAUUGAUAGCUUUUGUAAAUCUGGCCUUAUUCAACAGGCUCGUAAUUUGUUUAAUGAAAUGAUAAAAAAGGGUUGUAGUCCUAACGUAGUGACUUACACAACUAUUAUCCAUGCUUACCUCAAGCAAAGGCAAAUUUCAGAUGCAAAUGAGCUCUUUGAAUUGAUGUUAACGCAAGGAUGCAUUCCAAAUAUUGUCACUUUCACUGCUUUGAUUGAUGGAUACUGUAAAGCUGGACACAUAGAGAAGGGUUGCCAGAUCUAUGCAAGAAUGAAGGGUAGUCUAGGUACUGCUGAAGUAGACUUGUACUUCAAGGUUGAUCUUGAUGGUAAUAAGGAGCCAAAUGUUGUUACAUAUGGAGCUUUGAUUGAUGGUUUGUGCAAAGCACACAGGGUGAAAGAAGCUCGCAAUCUUUUGGAUGUCAUGGUAGUGGAAGGAUGCGAGCCAAAUCAUAUUGUUUAUGAUGCAUUAAUUGACGGGCUUUGCAAGGUGGGUAAGCUAGAUGAUGCACAAGAGAUAUUUACAAAAAUGUCAGAAUGUGGUUAUAGCCCGAGUGUUUACACCUACAGCUCUCUAAUUGAUAGGCUAUUUAAGGAUAAUCGUUUGGAUCUUGCUAUAAAAGUCUUGUCUAAAAUGCUCGAAAGUUCUUGCCCCCCAAAUGUGGUUAUAUACACAGAGAUGGUAGAUGGCCUUUGUAAAGUUGGUAAAAUAGAUGAAGCUUAUAAACUUAUGAUGAUGAUGGAAGAAAAGGGUUGUCAUCCAAAUGUUGUGACCUAUACUGCAAUGAUUGAUGGAUUUGGCAAAGCUGGAAUAGUGAAUAAAUGUCUUGAACUCAUCGAACGGAUGGGUAACAAGGGUUGUGCACCAAAUUACAUAACCUAUUCAGUUGCAAUAAAGCAUUGUUGUGCUGCGGGACUUUUGGAUGAGGCACUCCAACUUCUUGAGGAAAUGAAACAAAUAAGUUGGCCAAAACACAUGGCCAGCCAUCGUAAGGUUAUUGAAGGCUUCAAAAGAGAGUACUUAAUCAGUCUGGGUCUUUUAAAGGACAUGGGCAACAAAGAUUCUCUUCCAAUUAUUCCAGUUUAUAGGGUUCUAAUUGAUAGCUAUCAAAAAGCAGGAAGGCUUGAAUUUGCCGUGGAGCUACUUAAAGAGACUUCAUCAUCUUUGCCAUUUCCGGAUCUUGAUAAGAAAAUGUAUUCUUCCUUGAUCGAGUGCCUUUCUGUUUCAAACAAAGUUGAUUUGGCGUUUGAAUUAUAUGUAGACAUGAUAAAGAAAGGCGCAGUUCCAGAGCUUGCGGACUUUGUUAACCUCAUUAAGGGAUUAGUAAGCAUGAAUAGAUGGGAGAAUGCACUUGAACUCUCCGAGAGCUUGUAUCACUUGUUACAUGCAUCGAAAUCCACCACCAUUCAGCUCCUUUAAAGGUCAAGAAAUAAUACGUUGAGUCUAUCUCAUUAUGAGGAACUACCUGUUGGCACCUGAUAUACAUACUUGGAGCUGCACUAGUUGACAGGCUGCAGUUUUACCUUGUUAUAACCAAGAGACAAGUCAGGGCUCCAAUCCAGUGAAGGAAUAUCCACUUGGGAUCAAAACUUCGUUAAAACUACUUACUUGAUUCUCCUUGCCGAAGCAGAAGAACAUGCUAAGACUUGGGUCAUGGGGCAAGGAAACCUUCUUUUAUUGAGAGAUUCCUCAUGUUUCACAACCUAAAUUCUCCCUUUGUUAUUCUUCUAUAUGAUGUGUGCAUGUUUUCUCUCUUUUUGGUUCUUUCUUGUGUGGAAACGACUUCCUUAAUGUUGGUUAAUUUGUAUAUGUUAAGUGCCUAUAAGAAUGGAGCACCAUUAUGGGUUGAUGCAACCCUCAUAACUAGCAUAAAGUAAAUUCUUACACAACAACAACAACAUACCCAGUAUAAUCCCACAUAGUGGAGUCUGGGGAGGGUAGUGUGUACGCAUACCUUACCCCUACCUUGUGGAGAUAGAGAGGAUGUUUCCAAUAAAUUCUUACACAAUAAAUCCAAAUUCUUAAUUGUAAGAGAUCUCUGCUCAGAUGUGGCUCUUGCUGGGAAAAUUAUUAAAUCCUUUUCUGAAAAUAUUCUUUAAGAGAUCUUUUUCAAUGAUAAUGUGAUGCUUAUGUUUUCCUAAGCUGUGGGUCUAUUGGAAACAACCUCUCUACCUUCACAAGGUAGGGGUAAGGCCUGCGUACACACUACCCUCUCCAGACCCCACGAUGUGGGAUAAUACUGGGUACGUUGUACAUCUCUUUCAAUGAGGCUUUUGAAUUGUGAGGAUUAAUCAUGAAUUAAGUCAAUUAACUAGUUUUACGCUGGUUGGCAGCAUACUGCAACCCUCCUUUAUCCGAGCUUGGAUCCGGCAACGUGACCAAGUUCAUAUAGGCAGAGUUUGGACUCAUAUAGUCCAUCCCAUUUCCUUGGGGCUGAGGCGUAGUUGUUGUGUCUAUAUGGCUUUUGUAGAGCAACUUAUCCAAAACUGCUCUAUUCCAGUUCUGAAUAUAAUAAUAAGAGAUCUUUUCAGCUCAAAAUGUGGCUAUUCCAUUGCAACUUAUUCAAACACUCUCCAACAAUUAAGAAUAUGCUGAGAUGAGAGUUUUAUAAAGCAGUAUGAACCUUGUGGGCCUUGUAACAACUUUGAUUCCGUUUUUGUUUUCAUUUUGACACAAUUUCUUUGUUCUUAGCGCAUCUAACAUUUUUACAUAUAUUUGUGGACAUGUUUUCCAUUUUCUAACUUCUGGCUUUUGUUUUUGUAUUGCAAAGGGUUGCACUUUGAAUAUGCUUGUAAUGGAAAGAAGUAAUACAGCAGUGCUUUGUUCUCCAAGGCUUCAAGGUGUGGCCAUGUUGGAUACAAUCUGAAGGUUGUGUUCCAAUCCACGUGAUCUUCUGGGUAUGAACACUUUGAUCCCCCUUCAAAUCUUCCUGCCUUCUCCAUCGUAAAAUAAAAGUGGAAAGGAAAAAGAGACCGGAUAGCAUUUCUUUAUUGCUUGCACGCGCUAAUCCACCAGACAACUUGCUUAACACUCAUGCACAGGUCUAUUCCAAGAGUAAAUGCAGGCAUGAGCACCUUGGCUGCACAGGUCUACAAUUUCGUCGCUGCCUUGCUGGCAGCCAAGGUGCUCAUGCCUGCAUUUACUCUUGGAAUAGCUCCAUUUUAUAUCCCCUACCUAUUGCUGUGAUAACUUCAGCGGCUCAAGGGAGGAGGGGGUAUGCGAACAAAAUAUUGCCUGAAGUAUUAGAACUUUGUUUACUACUUGAUGGCUAUCGGGACGAAUUUGUCCAAAAAUCCCUAUUUAUUUUUCAGCAGAUUCUGCUUUGUUAGAUGCGGUUUGGCUAAACGAUGGGGACACAUCGAUGUCAGCUAAAACACCCAGCAGAAUCCAGUUUGAUGAGAGCCCUGCUAGAUUCAUCAAACCUUUUACAUCCGAGGAAACCGUGUAUCUUGCCUAGUUUCUGUCACCCAAGGAUUGAUACUCUGUACAUAGCGAUAAGCCCAAGAUGGUGUUACUUAAAGAGAACUGAAUUAGAUCCGCAGAUUCAGUAUGUAAUCCUGCUUAUAUAAGUGUCUCCAUUCCUUAAUCUACGUUGAAGUUGGUGCAUCAUUCUCAUUUUGCCCAAGCUGCAAGUUUAUGGUUUCAGUAGUUAGACGCGGAAUUAGUUGAUUGUAUGUGAGAAUCAAGUCUUUCCAAGUAUGUAAUGACAGAGUAGUUGAUGGGAUACUCGCAUGCCAAAAAGAAACAUAACCCAAAGAAUUUGUGCAUCAAAAAAUGUUGAAUGACCAUCUCAUCUAAAAUCUUAAGCCGUUAGAGUGGGCACAUUUCUAUUUA